UCUAGUAUAAUGUGAUCUGAUUUCCCAAUCCAUGAAUUUUAUGAUUAAUGAAAAAAAGUUGACCAAAAUGAAAUUUGCACCGAUCAAAUGAAUCAAACAUAAUAUUUGUCCGAUCCUUGUUUCUAUGAUGUAUUGGAGUGCAGUUUUCGUUACUUUCGUGAGCAUUGCAAAACCCCUACGCGAGCUUGCUUUGCUUGUCGCCGGAGGAGAAGAAUACGCCGAAAACGAAAACCUCAAAAUUGAGCAGCUUUGGCCAUCGUUCCUCCCUUCUUUGUGCUGCGCUUCAGAUCCAUUACGGUGGCCGGCGAACGUGGUAUCCGUCUAAUCAUUGAUUCCCCUCGGAAGCCUAGGAAAGUCUGGAAUUCCGUGUGAAUCUUGCGCUCUCUUUCCGUAGGGUUUUGGCUGCUUUCACUUCUUCUUGCGUUUCCGGGGAAAACCCUAGCUGUAUGUUUUUCGCCGAGAAAUGAAUUUAUGUAGAUGGGAUUCUCAGCUUCCGUUGGGUUUUAUGAUCUUGAAAUGCCAACAAUGGGCUACAUGACCGGCGGUGAUAGGAAGCGGGAUUUGUAUUCUUCUUUGGCUCCGUCGUACUCUCCGGAUUCUUUUCCGACAUCGAAAAGGCUCAAAAUUUCGCCCAUUCACGCCCCGGGACGGACCCCGGGGCCUUCCAUUAGUACCGUCGACAAGCUCUUCCGGUACCCUGAAACGACGACGAAGCUGCGCCGGGAAGUCCACGCCCCUUGUAGGAAUUUGAAAUACGGGCUGGGAGCUCUUCGGUGUAAACCUGGUGGGGACAAAGAGAGUGAGAAGGUCGAGAUGUUGUCUUCUGCUUACGAUUAUGCAAGGAGAGCUGCGGUUGAAACUCUUAGGUUUUUUGGGGUAGGCAAGAGACUACCUAAAGUGGAUGAGCAGCCUGUGAAGCCGAGUAACCAUGUCUUGGUGUCUGAUGAUUCGAGUAUGGAAGAAGUUCAGGUCACUGAUGACAAUGAUGAAAAUGGUGUUAGGUCUAUGGUUUUGGAUGAGCCAGUGAAUGAGCAGGAGAAUGAUGAUGAUGAUGUUAGGAUUGUGGAACACCGGUCUGCGGUUACUCCGGAACGAAAUUUGUCCGUGGAGAAGACUAGGGAGAUGGUGGAUUCUUUGGCUUUGGACCGAAGUGGUUUAUCUGUUGAGGUGUACAAGAAACUCUUGGAUGGUGCCCAGAGGAGAGACCCAAAUGUUUUGCAGCCUCAGAUUGAAUACUAUGAGAAGAAGAGGGCUUCAUUGCAGGCCUUACGGUCUAUGAGGAAGCCGUUGGAAAAACCUGUUGAGGAGAUACCUCUUGAACCUUUUAUACCCCUUACAAAGGAGGAAGAAACAGAAGUGAAGCGUGCACUCUUACCUAACAACAGGAGGAAGCUGUUGGUUGCUCACACUAAUUCAGGCAUCGACAUUACAGGAGAGGUAUUGCAGUGCCUUUCACCAGGCGCCUGGUUAAAUGAUGAGGUCAUCAAUCUCUACCUGGAGUUGUUGAAAGAAAGGGAGAAGAGAGAGCCACAAAAGUUUCUGAAAUGUCAUUUCUGUAACACCUUCUUCUACAAAAAGUUACUAGGUGGUGAUAAGAAAGUAUAUGACUAUAAGGCUGUGAAAAGGUGGACCACAGAACGAAAAUUGGGAUACAUGCUGGUGGACUGUGAAAAAAUAUUUGUUCCCAUUCACCGAGAAAUUCACUGGUGCUUGGCCAUUAUUAAUAAGAAGGAUCGGAAAUUUCAGUAUCUCGAUUCACUCAAAGGAAGGGACUCUCGCGUGCUGAAAAAUCUGGCUAGAUAUUAUGUCGAGGAAGUGAAGGACAAGAGCAAAGUAGACAUUGACUUAAGUGAAUGGGAAUACGAGUUCCCUGAAGACCUGCCAGAACAGCUAAACGGGUAUGACUGCGGAAUGUUCAUGAUAAAAUAUGCCGAUUUUUAUAGCAGAGGCUUAGGCCUUUGUUUUUCCCAGGAAAACAUGCCGUACUUCCGGCUGAGGACAGCCAAGGAGAUCCUGAGACUGAAGGCCGACUAAUGAAGGCAGCAAACGAUCCACAGCCAAUGAGAAUGCCGGAGGGCACCAUCACAACUUAAGAGAGGAGCUUUUUGUCGCUAAGUGUGCAAAUUGUAGGCCUUCCAUACACUUUCAGGAAUCAAAGGAAAGUGCCCUAGUUCCCUGCUUGUGAAUAGUCUCCCUGGCCAUCAACCUUAUGUAGUUACACAGAUUGUCGUCGCCUGAAUCAUCAGUAAUGAUCUAGUUCGGAUUAGUAUUCCGGUACAGGUUGAAAUAUGAUUGCAAACUGCUUGUGAGAAGUGGUGCUGAUUGUUUUUGGCGUGCAGUACUUGAUACUAGCAGUAAGCUUUUUUUGUCAAUCUUUUGGGGGGCGUCCAUACCAUAAUUAUAUGGACAUUCCAAUUUUUUUUUUCUUUCGUUGUGGACUUCGAAUUGUAUCUGGCAAAUUUUGGAAGUUCUAUAAGUCUUGCCCCAUCUUUUCCAUCUUUACUCGUAAAAAUUGUGCAUUCUGUUGUGGUGAGUGAGUACAUGAUGAAUUAUCAAAUACAAUUUUGCUAUGCUAUGUGUUAUGUGUUAUUGUGUAUAUCGUGUCAACUUAAAGUUAAAGAUAAAACAAUCUCAAUUCAAUUAUCUAAACAAUCUCAGUUUCACGGCAUAGAGACAAUCCAUGCAUUGCGUAUUGAAAAAACACACACAAAAAUACAAUAAUUUCAUGAAAAUAAUCAACGCUGUAAUAAUGAAUUGUGAAUGAAAUUAACGCCUCAAACGUAAAGAGUAAAGUCCAAUACGUUAAGAACAUACACUAGAUUAGAAUUUAGGGUAAAUACAAUUUAAUAUCCAAAUCUUUCAUUUUAAACAAUAUAAUAGCCAAACCUUUUCGAAAACAAUCUAAUAUCCAAAUCGUCAACUUUUCGUUCGUUUGACCGUUAGUUGACACUUCAAAAAAGCUUUGCUUAGGGGAAAUUGUCACAAUACAACUUUGUUUCUUGUUUUGGCAUUGCAAAUGACUGAAUAUUUAGAUAUUCUAUACCAUCAUGGUGGAGUCAUGGACUUCUCGGGUUUGGAACUACGAUAUGUUGGUGAUUUUUCAGAGAAGAUAUCGAUGGAUAUUGAUGAAGUGUCGUACUUCGAACUUUUUUGAAGUGUCAACUAACGGUCAAACAGACAGAAAGUUGACGAUUUGAAUAUUAGAUUGUUUUCGAAAAGGUUUGGCUAUUAUAUUGUUUAAAAUAAAAGGUUUGGAUAUUAAAUUGUAUUUACCCUA